AUGGAAGAUACAUAUACUAGUGUGGAGGUGUCGCCGGGUAUGGCGGAGAAGAUUAUGGAGUUGCUGGCCUCUGGCGGCGGUAAUCAGAGAAUUCAGAGUAAUUCUGAAAGUGAUUCUUCCGAUUCAUCCAUCUCCCCCUCCCUCGAAGCUUUGGAGAAAUACACCAAAACCCUCACUCUGACCGAUACCCGUACCCUCGAAACCCUCGGCAAAACCACCCAACCCCACAACAUCUGCCCCAACCUCCAACGUCUCCAUAUCCAUUCUACCACCUUCAGCACCAACGUCGACGAAGCGCUUGACGCGGAUCAAGCCGGGGCGAGGCUGAGAGAUUUGUUGAGAGUGUUUACACGGUUGGUACCGAGUGUACCGCACGCUGUCUUUUCGUUCUCCCCAGGAGAGUUCCUUGUUACGGCGGACGAACCGGAGAAAGGUUUACCGUCGAUAAUAACUCUCCGGCAAAAAGCUGUCGUACCCAUCCUCCUUCCGGUCGAUACCCUCACUUUCCUCCUUCCUUCCGCGCUCUACACCGAAUCAGAAUGGACGUCAUUCGGCGAUUCGGUAAAGUUGUACGAACUCGCGCUUUGUUGGGUACCGAGGAAGAAGGUCCGGUUUGUAUUCGAGUUCAACCAAGCUUUGACGGGGGCGAAACAGAUGGGAAAGGUGUUUUCGAGGUUGAUCCUCGUAGCCGGGGAGAUAUACGGGGAGAAGCCGUACCCCGCAGUCAAGCUGGAGAUCGCCAUACCCUACAAAGCGGGUUUCACCGAACCUAUAGCGAAGACGUUGACAACGAGGUUGUAUGGAAUUAUGGGGGCGACGCUGGAAGCUUGUAGGGCGCAUGAGUUGGAAGGGGAUGGGAAAGAAAUCGGGGAGAGAGGGGAGGAGGAGUGGGGGAGGAUUAUGAGGUACUGGGAGGGAGGCAAUGUGGAGAUUAAGGGGAUGGGGGAGGAGGAUGUAGCGAAUGCGUAG